GUGGCCAGUGAGUGCUCCGCGUCCGAACAAAACGCACGCCGCUUGCGCCGCGCGUGAAAAAAAAAGUUUGUGCUUGUUUAUUUUCGAAUUUAGAACAACCUACGCGCCAACGACUAUAAAAAGGGUAGCGGCUAACCGCGUGACAUCGCUUUAUGGUUUUAAUAGGGCAUCUGCUCACUGCUAGAGUGUGCCCAGAAAGAAAAGAGAAGUUAAGAAACGACCGAUAUUAUCGAUGCCGACCCGCAAGAGGAGUUGCAGAAGCAAAUAAGAGCUGCAAGCCGACAAUGUGACGUUGCCGCCGGCUCCCGCCAAAACGAAUCGCCGCCAUUUUGAUUUAGCAUAGAUAAUCUGUGUUGCCAUAAUCGCAAGAUGGCGCUGCUCUUCAUUCUUCUCGCCGUGGCUUCUUCGGCGCUCGCGCAGUCCAACUACGACCAGCAAGCCAAUAGCAUUCUCUACCAGGGCGAGGGGCUUCCUGAACAAACUGUACUAGAUGGCAAGGUCACAAAGCUGGACGACCUGAGUCCCGUCAUCUUCUUGAACCGGACGAAAGCCGCUCUGAAUUGUGCAGCUGGCUCCAUGCAGAUCGAACUGAAGUUCAACGAGAAAUUCUACGGCAUUGCGUACGCGGAUUUCGACCGGCACUCAGCCUGCCAGGUGGUCGGCAAAGGUGCCAAUUCGUACAAGCUCGAGUUGCCUCUGAAGGGAUGUGGGACCAGACAGGAUCCCCUCCGUGUGUUCACCAACAACAUCGUGGUCCGUUUCCAUCCCGGUUUGGAAAUGGAUGGAGAUGAGGUCAUCACCAUCGUCUGUAGAUACCCGCCGCCUAUCGUCCCGCCGCCACCGAUAUCGGAACCUCGGAUCAAUGUGCCUGAGACUCCUCUGCCGCCAGCGGCGCCCCUCGCCGGCACCCACAUCUUGAUGAUCAUCUGCGCCAUCUUGUUCUUAACCCUUCUGCUGCUGGGUCUUGGAGUGUCGUAUCUGUGCUUGAGGAGACGCGCGCUGCCAGCUCCGAGGAGGUUGAUCGAUGACUCCUCUGCUUCUAUUGUUAGCAGAGAAAGUAUACAAGAGGUGAAAAUCCCCCGCGCCCACCCAGUGUACCCACUGGCCGCGGAGGCCGAAAGCGCCAGUGUGGCCUCCGACACGAUACCCUCCGAUUACCCUUCGGAGACCCCGAGCGAGGCCGAACACGCACAUACCAACCAGGCGUUCAUGAUCGACGAGUACCAUAGCGAAGUUCAGGAGACUGCAAUGUUCAUAGGUUACGGAGAAACACACGAAACGACCACAUCUAACGGCCGUUUGCACGCAGCGCCCGCCUUCGACGUCCGGGUCCGGGUUCAACGACCUCCGGCCCCACCCUCCCCACCAUCCACCUUGACUCCCACCGAGACUGAUGGAGGCAGCAUCAGGCAAACCAUGAUACUAGAGGAGCAUGAACGGCAAGAGUCUGUCCGCACGGUGUCGCCAGUGGCGUUACCCCUCCCCGCGCGGCAGGCGCACCUGCCCCCGCCCGCGCGUCCGCCGCGCCCCGCGCAACUCUACUCGCAGGUCAGCAGGGAGCGACAGGAAUGGGCAAGGCGGCCGCGCUCCAUCGUGUCCUUGAACACUGAGAUGACAGACACGCAUUCGGUGACCGAGGUCACUGAUCGGUCGCAUGCCAGGAUGUUCCAUAUCAAGAAGCCGCCGCCGCCACCACCGGUGAUGAGCGAACGUCUGGAGACAGAGGAACAUGAGGUUCUGAUGGAGAGCUUGGAGCCCAUUCCUGAGACGCCUAUCCUUCCGGCCAGGAAACCCGAGAUCACGUCCCACGUGGUCGACGAUGUGUUCCUGCGUACCAUCACAGAAAAGAAGACUAUCGAAGACAUCGAGCGGCACAAGAGACUGGUCACUGAAUACAAACAGGUGCCCCCGCCGCCCCCGCAGUUCGACGUGACAAUCCGCAACCAUACGCUUCCGGAAGCCCAAUGGGAGAAUUUCUCCGACAUCAGCAGUGCCUCAGGCAUGACGCUGACACCCAAGAUGGAACGCGUUCCACUAUCGCUGCCACCACAGAAAUACAUUGGCAAAGGUGGCCCCGAUCUCUUCUCACCAGAAUUGAUCAAGCAAUCCCAGUACCAGCCGUCCAACCUGCCGCUGCUACCCGAGCUGCCGCCAGCUCGCAACCCGCUGUACCGUGAUGACGAUGAAGAUGUACCGGAGCCCGUGCCAGCGCCUCCUGUUCCUCAGAACUGGAGUCUGCUGACUAGGGUGCUUAGCACUGAGGCUCAGGAUGAGGUUCUUCAAGAGUCGGAGCGUGCCUACCGCCUCACCCGCGAGGAGCGUCUCCGCUGGCGCGAACUCAUCACCCACGAGUCCACACUCCGUCGCGAACUAGCUCGCUCCUCCACUCGCGAGGAGUUCACCAGAGUGGCUCACGACCACCGCUUCGCACCGCUGUACAGUCCUCACAAAUGGGAAGUCAUUAUAAGGAUUCUAGCUCCUCCUCCGGAAAAACCCAAGAACCGCUACCGCAAGAAGAGCGAAUGGGACUCCCGGUCCCGCCGGAGCUCUCUGCCUACCCUCUACGAAUAUGACAGCGACGCCACUUCCCUUCGUGAGCCUGGUCGUUCCCGCCGCUCUUCAUAUAGGAGCGACCAUGUUGACAUGAGAUCAAUGUCUGAGAUGAUGGUGGACUACGCACGCGAGGAAGCUGACAGCCACUCUGAGGUGUCAGCGGGCACGCAGCUCGGCCGGUACUACGAUGACGAUAGCGAUUCCGAACAUCCUUUCCAUCAGAACCAGCCCUGGUCGCGUCACUCUCUCCAUCGGUCCGUGAGUCAGCCAUCUUUGGCUCGCUCGGCGACCGAGGUGGUGGAACAGUGGACCGCCCCCGACGGUGACGUCACGCCGAAGCCAGGCCGUCGCGUCAGAGGUCCUCAAGGUUUGACAACAUUUACUUCAUCAGAAGUACGCACUUUCCAAGCGUCCAGGGAAUGGCGGGAGUAAAGAACCAUAAAUUGGCCCCAAUUGUACUUUAGGCGCCCACUAGAGUACUUAUGCCAUAAGAAUAUUUAAAUAUUAACCUAAAAAACUAUGAAAACUCGUAGGAAGAUCCGUCCAAUGUACUUUGAAAAUUACUGCUUGUUUUUUAGACAUUCGGCAAUAAUUCGGAUUUGCCCAAAAUCGUUUUUUGUGUUCCAUAUAUGACCCAAAACAUGUAUGGGUCAUAUAUGACCCAAGAUGAAAAAUUGUGGGAAAAAAUGUAUGACACUUGUUUGUUAUACAUGCAUCUACUGUAUUUAUUAUUCUUAUGGUAGAUAAUUUUAAACGCAUUGUAAGCUCAAAAUAAUAUCUCAAGUUAACUCACUGCCUAUUGAGGAAUGACCUAGUGUACAUGUGUUAUGUAUUAUUACGAUUCCGUCCAUUAUACUUUUAUAUUUAGAUAAUAAUAUACAAAUUUUACUAAUUAAGACAAAUCAAUUACCAGUGAUUUAAAAGGUAAAAGUAUUUUGAAAAAAAAAAAAAAAGUAUUUUGAAACGCAUACCCGCAAAGUACGCAUUGAUAUUUUGGAAGCCUGCUAAAUAAGGCCAUAGUCUAUUUUUUUACAAAAUGUUAAUAUUCUGUAUAUCUAGCGUAAAAAUAUACAUAUUUUACAACCAGUUACGUCAAAAUCAAGAUCAUUUUAAAGUGAUUUUUUAUAUAGACUAUACGCACGUGUUUUUCAGGCAAUAAUAUAAAUAAUGUUAUUAUACCUAAUAAAUACAACAAUUAUAGAUAACAGUGUGUUAUUUCUCGUAUACCGGUAAAUGUAAAUCAUAAAAUCUUUACUGCGAUGCAAAUAUAAGCUUUUUAUUUUAGUAAUUCAGAUUUUUUCUAUAAUAUUAAUAUUUUGAUAUACAUUUACUAACAUUGUGCCAAAAUAAAAGGUUUAAAAAGCUUUUUAAUAUACCGGCUUAGGUUUUAUAAUUAAUUUGUACCUGUUAUUGUGUACAACGCUUUGCGAAUGAUUUUUUAAGAUAAGUAUUGUAAUAAGCUCAGCUGUUCGUGUAGUUUUCUUUUUCAGAGAUUUGUGUUUCUAUAAAAAUACUUUUGUAAGUAUAUGUCGGAUUCUCACAAAAAAACAUUCUGAAAACAUACGAUGAAAUUUUAAACAUAAUAUUAUAUGAUGAUAUGAUUCUCCCGCUUAUUUGACUAGCAUUAUUUUUUAUUUGUAUUAUUUCACGGAAACUAAUGAAAUACUGAGCUUAUAAAUUAUGUCAUUACUUAGUAGAAUUUUAAUGACACUGCCAAGUUUUCUUGCAAUUGUGUUUUUUAGUGAAUAUUGCACUAAACAUUUAUUAUACACUGACUGCGUUUACGUGGCCUACCAUCUAAAAUAUAGCAAAAAAACAGUAAACUUAUUUGAUUAUUAUCUUUACUAUUUGAUCGUCAAAGUCCAUUUAAUGCAAGCGACUACACAGCCCAAUAUCAAUUCUUGUACAGUCAGCUGCAGAGAAAAGUAGACCCCCUUGCAAUUUGCAUACGAAUUUGUAACAAAAGUGGGCAAAAAUGUGCACAUUAGCGUGGCGUUCACAGAGUUAAAGAAUCUCACAACGGUUAAUGCAUUAAAAAAUGAAAUGUGGUGUUUAUAUUAUAAAAGUAGUUGUAAAUAUAGUUUUAGAGGGAUGUUAAAACCUAGCAGUGGAGGCAAGUCGCCAUAGUGAAAUUGUAAGGAUAUAUGCAUUUCGCUUCAACAGAUAUCUAUCGCUUAAAUUGAUAAAUACUCAUCAAAAAAUUUAAUAGUAAGUUUCAAAAAUGCAUUCCUAUAUUUUACUUAUUACUUAUUCUUGGACCCCUCAAACGCCUUGUUCCACAUCUGUCAUAGACAAUUUAUUUCUAAUGAACAAAUUGAAGGUUAUAAAUACAGUACAAAAUUUUUGACAACGGCGUUCCAGGGGUAAAAUUUUAAAAUCCAAAAUUGCAAUGUGUUUAUACAAUGCAGCGACUGUUUGUUUCAUGGGUCACCCAAAAUCUUAUAUGGGGGUCAAUUGCAGAAAAAAUGUACCUUUCGGUGAAUCUUGUCCCGUGAAAAAAAAGGUCGAUUUUAAAAUAUAUCACUAGAGAAAAACAUAACGUAAUUCCGUCACUGUAAUAAAAUACCCUCUUUAGAUUCCCAUCGUAUUUUUUAUUCCUAGCUAUCCAUGGAUGAGACCAUGUGAAAACGUUCUUAGUUCUUGAAGAGGUAUAAUUAUUUUGACAUCUGAAGUGAAUGAGAGCGCAUGCAUAUUUCUUUAGUACUCUUGCCUCUGUUGCUACGUUGUAUUGUAUGGGUUGUGGAACUGGUAAUGCAAGUUGUGCUCAAUUGUGGUUGUAGGUGUUUGACAUGAGGAGUUUUGAACGCAUUUUUUAAAAAUAAUUCGAAGAUAAUUCUGUGAUUUUGCAUCGUUAGUGUUAUUAUAGUGGAGGUUAGAGCUCAUCGGCUGCUUGUAAUUAAAUUAUCAUAUGACUUUUUUGUAAUAAGCACAAUCUUGUGAGCAUUUUGGGAUCACCUGUAAGCCCGUAAGAGUUGUUUUUAAAUAAAAUAAAAAUAAAAGUUGCGCUCACAUGUCACGCUAGAGUUGUGCCAUCUUUCGGAGGGAUUUGUAUUUUACACAAUAGAUUUUAUUUGAAAAAUGCGUUCAAGGAUUUUUGAUAAAUAAAAGGUUGUGUUAUAAACACAAGUUUAUAUGUCUAGAACCGAAUCGUUAGAACGGUUUUUGAAUUAAAUACAAUAAAUAUGGCAGAUAUUCGGCGUAGCAACACCAUGAGUUGAUGCUUGAUGUUUAUGUUAGAGGUUGCACCUUUCGCACUAUAAUAGUGAUAAUAAUUAUAUUAGGAGCUGUAAGUCCCUCUUUUAGACACAUUUGUUUUGAAGUAUGUUGCGAUGUGGCUAAGACAUAUCAUUUGCCAAAUCUAGCGAUUCUUUACGAAUUGGUUGAAUUGAUUAGGCUCUAUGUACAAGGAGGCGCUUAAACAAAACGGUUAUUGUACCUACGUUCAUGCUUUGUUCAUUAGUGUUAUUAUUAUAAUAAAACUGUUCUUCAUAUUAUUUAAUUUUACUGUAAUUUUUAAUUGGUUUUUAAAGUACCUAAUAGUAUAUUAUAAAAUAUACGAUUUCAAUCAACUGACUUUAUACACUUUACUUAUGUACUUGAUUUUUUUAAAUAUUAUUACAGGAUUUUAUUUUAAAUUUCAUUAGGUCGCUCGAGUUUACGUUUUGUGGACGCUGUCAUGUGUCAAAAAGAGGAAAUUACUGCUCCGGGACAAUAAUGGUGUGAUCAAUGAAACGACCCUGUGCACGCUGAAAAUAUAACUAAAGUUUUAAGGCAACUCAUGGUAGCUGUGCUUAUAUUUAUAGUAGAAUUGAAUAUUCCUGCAGUCAGCUUAGUUGACUUUUGAUACAUUCCUGUCAUUGUCAUUUUUGAAAUUUAAUGUAAUUAAGUUUAAAAUACGGAUUUUGAUACUUAUAUAUAUAUAUAAUCAAGUGGUGCUACGAGACAAUAUGUUUUACGGUGUAAUUGUAGAAUAUUAACCUACUGAUCGAUUAUUUUGGUAAUCUUCAAUAUACGUACCUUAACAAUUA